AUGACCACUUACGGCACAAUCCCAACCUCAUCCUCACCCCCAACCAAUCUCGAAUUCAUCUCACGCGCCAAAGAAAGAAUCAAAGCCGGUCUCGGAACUCGCCGUCCAUGGAAACUCAUGUUCAAUCGCCGAUCAUUCAACCUCCCUUCCGGUUUCCCAGACGCACUCUCGCGCGUGAAGACUAACCUCUCUUACUUCCAGAUGAACUACGCUAUCGUGAUUCUCAUCGUUCUCUUCCUCAGUCUUAUAUGGCAUCCAAUCUCGCUCAUCGUCUUCGCUGCUCUCAUGGCCGCCUGGCUCUUCCUCUACUUCCUCCGCGACGAACCGAUUGUUAUCUUCGGGAGACUCGUCAGUGAUCGUGUUAUUCUUGUUCUGAUGUUGAUUCUCACCGUCGGGCUGCUUCUCUUCACCGGUGCGGUCCUUAAUAUCCUCGUCGCGGUUUUGAUCGGUGUUGUGAUGGUUUUGGUUCAUGCUGCUUUCAGAAAUACUCAUGAUCUGUUUCUUGAUCAAGAAGAAGGACUUUUGUUUUCUCCUCCUGGUGGUGCUCCUGUUUCUUGA